AUGGGAAAAGCAAAGAAAACGCGCAAAUUCGCGGCCGUUAAGCGCAUGCUCAAUCCAAAUGACAUCCGACUGAAAGAAAACCAAGCUAAACAAGCCAAAAAAGAGGCCGAGGCGAAGGAAAAGGCCGUGCGCCGGGUUACGACGCCCGCCUCCUCUAUGUUCCUGGCCCAAAACACCUCGCUUGUGCCCCCGUACCGCGUGCUUAUCGACACGAACUUUAUCAACUUCAGCUUGCAGAACAAAUUGGAGCUUAUGGGAGGAAUGAUGGACUGUCUGUACGCGAAGGCUAUACCGUGUGUGACGGACUGUGUCAUGGCGGAGUUGGAGAAGUUGGGAGCAAGAUACAGGGUUGCGCUAAAAAUUGCCAGGGAUCCACGCUUCGAACGGCUAAAGUGCGACCACAGGGGCACGUAUGCUGAUGACUGCAUCGUCCAACGUGUGCAAGCCAAUGCCAUCUACAUCGUCGCCACCUGCGAUCGCGAAUUACGCCGCAGGAUACGCAAAGUACCCGGUGUUCCCCUCAUGUACAUCGUCCGAAGGAGAUAUGCUAUUGAGCGCCUGCCGGAUCAAGGUGCCCCGGCUUAA